GACAAUCGAUACAUGGCGCGCAUGCGCGGAUUUAACUUAACUGUAACCGACGGCUGCUCGUCACAGAAAUCACUCUCUCGAAAUGGAUCUGGGCGACUCCAAGCUGCGCGCGGUUCGCGUGCUGGGUCAGGGCACCUUCGGCCGGGUGUUCCUGUGCCUGCAGAGCGAGGGACGCGGCCAGCCGGACAGGAGGGUGUGCGUCAAGCGGAUCAUCGUCCGCAACCCAAAGACCGAGCUGGGGCUGAUCAAGGAGGAGGUGUACAUCAUCUCGCAGCUGCGCCACCCGCACAUCGUCGAGUUCCUGCGCUCCUUCAGCCACGCCGGCACGGUGAACAUAGUGAUGGAGUACGUCCCCAAUGGCACUUUGCGAGAUGUCAUCCAGCAGCUACCGCCGGGAACGGGCGGUGUCCACCAUGAACGGCUACUCCGCUUCUUCCGCGACAUGGUGGUGGGCCUCGAGUACCUGCACAUCCGCCGCGUCAUACAUCGCGACAUCAAGCCAGAGAACAUGCUUCUCGACGCCUCGGAUCGCGUGAAGAUCGCCGACUUCGGGAUCUCCAACGUGCAUGCGCCCAGCACCCAGCUGCAGGCCGGCAUGGGCACGCCCAUGUACAUGGCCCCGGAGGCGAUGUCCAGCCAGGGCAAGGUGGACUUCAAGUCGGACGUGUGGUCGCUGGGGCUGGUUCUCUACGAGCUGUGCCUGGGGCGCAGUCCCUUCACCGCUCUGCUCGACAAGAACGCCACGGCUGCCCAACUGCAGGCCGUGGUCCAGGCGCUGGUCCGCCCACGGCUCGACUGUCAGCUCAUCCGGCGCCUCUACGAUCCCGUGUGGGCGCACGUUUGCGAACAGAUGGUGGUUUACGAGCAAGAGCGCCGCAUCUGCCUGCCGGAUCUAUUCCACCUGGACGCCAGAAUCACUGCGGCCCUGUACAGGCACUACUUCAGCUACAGCUACUAAUGGGGACUGCGAUACCCUGGAGCAAUUGUCAUUAUUGUACUCUUAGAACUAGGCUAGGCUAAGCAAUAAACUAAGCUUUGGACUGUGA